AUGGAUAUUAUUCCCAUCGCUAAUAGUCAUCUCUCUGACAACAACAGUCAUAGUGAUAAUAAUUUAAGCACGAAUGGGCACUCUUUCAACGAUACUUCUAAUUUGUCUUAUGAUCAGAGACAAUCUCAAGCAAAUAAAAAAUUAAAAUGGUACCAACAUCAAACUUCUAUUCGAAUGUGUUCAGCUUUGUGGUUCACAAUCAUACUGGCGACCAUUGGAAUAAUCAUAACUUGUCUUGCACAACCAGAUAACACACAUUUAAUAUGUGACAGAACAUUCGUACCAAACAUAAAACGUGUAUUCACCUAUGAUUCACGUCCACGAUAUGUAGCCGUUGCUGAUUUCAAUAAUGACAAUCAUUUGGAUCUUGCAGUUGUCAAUAGCAUUGCUGGCAAUAUUGCUAUUCUUUUGGGUGAUGGAAAUGGAACUUUUUCUCGGCAGUACACCAACUGGAUCAGUGAUCAAUCUGCUCCAUAUUGGAUUGGUGUUGGAGAUUUCAAUAACGAUACGCUACUUGAUAUUGCCGUUGCAAAUUAUGGCAGUCAUAAUAUAGAUAUACUCCAGGGGUAUGGUAAUGGAACUUUUUCGAUUGAAUUCACCGUGGAAUUGGGUCCAUCUCGUCCUAUAUUACUAGCAGUUGGUGAUUUCAAUCAAGACAAUAUAUUGGAUAUUGCUGUAGCUAGUAAUGGGACUCUGAAUCUAUCCAUAUUGAUUGGUUCUGGCGAUUUCUUCUUUGCAAUACAAAGAAAUUAUUAUCUCGGUUAUGAUUCGAUGCCAUAUUCAAUUGAUGUUGCUGAUUUGAAUUAUGAUAACCAAGCAGAUAUUAUGAUUGUUGAUUAUGGUACUAGUAACUUAAUUAUACUUUUGGCUACUGGAGAUGGUGAAUUUUCGAUUCAGAGAUAUUCAACAGGAGAAAAUUCUUAUCCAUGUUCAGUUGCUUUGGGAGACUUUGAUAGUGACGAUUUCAUUGAUGCUGCUGUUGUUUACACAACUAUUGACAACAUUUGCAUAUUUCAAGGAUCUAAAAAUGGAACAUUUCAAGCUACAAAACAAUUUCUUUUUGGUUCUAGUUUCAGUCCCAAGUUUAUUGUUGCUGGUAGUUUAAAUACGGAUGGUAAGCUUGAUUUAAUCGUUGUCGAUUCAGGAACUAGCAGUGCUAUUGUAUACGAAGGAUCUGGCGAUGGAACUUUUGUUGCUAAAGCAAAUCAUUCAACUGGAGCUAAUUCUAAUCCAUAUUCUAUUGCCGUUGGUGAUUUCAAUCAUGAUAAUAAAUCAGAUGUUGUUGUUGCUAAUCAUGACAUUAAUUCUAUUUUAGUACUCAGCUCAUACACUAUUUCUCUUAUUGCAAAUAUAACGAGUUUGACUCCUGAUCCAGAGUUUCAGCCGAUUUCUAUGGUUAUCUAUGACAUCAAUAAUGAUCAGAAUCCAGAUAUUGUGGUUGCCGAUGAGUCAUUGAACAGCGUGUUCAGUUUUCUGGACCAGAGUAGUGGAACGUUUAACAUUCAAGUAGCUCUUUCUACAAGAGGGCAAGAAAGUGGACCAUAUUUGAUUGUUGUUGGUGAUUUCAACAAUGACAUGUAUGCUGAUAUUGUUAUCAAUUUGUUCAACACAAAUGUACUGUUGUUAUAUUUGGGACGAAAAAACGAUAGUUUUGUAAAACAAUAUGUAGUGACAAUUGCAGACAAUUGGAUUUUACACUCAAUGAUAGACGGUGACUUUAAUGGCGAUGGAAAUCUCGAUGUAGUGGUAGCUAAUGAGGAUGAUGGAUAUCUAGCUAUUUUGCUUGGAAACGGUAAUGGAACGUUCGCAGGACCAUUUUAUUCCGCGCCUAUAUUUUCUUAUCAAAUAUCGAUCUAUGCGGCUGAUUUCAAUGCAGAUAAUGUCUUGGACUUGGCCAUUGCUAAUUCUGAUAUCUAUACUCUUGUCAUAUCAUUAGGCUAUGGUGAUGGGAGUUUUCGAGAUCCGACGUUUCUUUCGCCCGAAAAUUAUUAUUCAGCAGGUUUUGCUAUUGGAAAUUUUGACAAGGAUACAAUUCUAGACAUCGUUGCCACUAUUCCAGAUAUUUUAGCAAUAGGUGUUUUUUUAGGAGAAACCAAUGGUACUUUUGGAACAAUGACUAUCUAUUUUGCUAGUACUGACAGUAAUCCGCGAUAUAUUGCUUUAGGUGAUUUUAACAAAGACACCAAAAUUGAUAUUGCAGUUUUAAUACCGGAUAUCCCUAGUAUAGUAGUAUUUUAUGGGACAGGUGAGGGAACUUUUCCUAAAAAUAGUACUUUAAAUCUUGAAGAUGCCUCUGAUUCCAAUUCAAUGGGCACCGGUGAUUUCAACAAUGACGGUCAAGUUGAUCUUGUAACCGGAAAUCCUGGCAGUAAUGAUUUAAGUAUACUUCUCUUACAAUACAAACCUGAUUUCAUAAAUGAAAUUACUUACUCACAAGGAUCAGGUGCACACCCAUCAGCAGUUACUGUUGGAGAUUUUAACAAUGAUCUUCAGCUGGAUAUUGUUGUUACAAAUAGUGGAAAUAAUGAAGUAAGAAUACUAAUGGGCUAUAAUGGUGGUUCUUUUAUGACGACAGCUACUUAUUCAACGGGUGAAAACUCGCAUCCACAACAAGUAGUUGUUGCUAAUUUUAAUAAGGAUAAUCAACUAGAUAUCGCUGUCGUAAAUUCGUGGAGUAAUGCUCUAAAAGUAUUUCUUAUUUCCAAUAAUGGUACAACUGCCAACUCUACAGAGUAUUCUACUGGAUCGAAAUCUACUCCGAACUCACUUGCCGUUGGUGAUUUUAACAAGGAUGGUUGGACAGAUAUUGUUGUCGCUAACACGGGGUCAAGUAACAUUGGUAUAUUUCUUGGAUAUGAUUAUCCAACAUUCAACAGUCAAAUCAUACGUAUAAAACAGCGUACUUCCUAUCCAACAUACGUUGUUGUAGGUGAUUUCGAUAGAGAUUCUCAGUGGGAUAUUGCAGUUACGUGUUUCAAAAAGAACAGCGUAUCGGUGUUUUUAGGACUAGGAAAUGGCACAUUUGAAAGUGAAAUAUCAAACCUACUACCAAAAUCAUCGUAUCCUACGGCAAUGGUUGUUGGCGAUUUCAAUAAUGAUAAUCAAUCGGAUAUCGUUGUUGUUAAUUCACAAGGUAAAACUAUAAGUGCACUGCUUGGAUAUGGUAAUGGAACAUUCGCUAAAGACAUUUCAACGUCUACUGGUAACUCAUCACCAGUGUUCAUUGCAAUGGGCGAUUUUAACAAAGAUAAUAAACUAGAUAUUGCUGUCGCAUUUCAAAAAGAUGACAAUGUUGGUGUAUUUAUGGGGUACGGUAAUGGAUCAUUUUCACAACAAAUAGUAUAUAAAUUGUCAAAGGGAUCUUCUCCAGUAUGGCUAAUUGUUCAUGAUUUCAACGAAGAUAAUGUGCAAGACAUGGCUGUUGCCAACUCCGGCGGAAAUAAUAUCGGUAUAUUUCUAGGAUAUGGUGAUGGUACGUUUAGAAAUGCGAGUCUAUAUUCAACCGGAAAUAAUUCAGCUCCUUGUUCGAUAGCCAUAGGAGACUUUAACGGAGAUAAUCGAAUGGAUAUCGCUGUAGCAAAUGUGAAAGGCGGAAAUAUUGUUAUACUUUUUGGAUACAAUAAUGAAACAUUUAUGUUAGAAGUUGCAUAUGGGAUAGAACCUGGAACUGUAUUAACGUCGAUUGUUGUCGAUGAUGUGAAUGAUGACACAAUUCUUGAUAUUAUCAUAUCGGCUCAGGGAAGCGGAAGUAAUAAUAUUGGUGUAUUCUAUGGAUUAAAUAAUGGAACAUUUUUAAUACCACAAUCCUAUUCAACUGGUGUUACUGCAACUGCUUUAUCAAUUGCAAUUGCUGAUUUUGAUAACGAUGGUCGUAAAGAUUUUGUGACCAGUAACUCGAACAACAACAGUAUAAGUAUUAUGCUCCGAUAUAAAAGUGAACCUUUCGGAACACAAUCAACGAUUUUCACGGGUGAUAAUUCUCAGCCGUAUUCAGUUGUGGUUAGUGAUUUUGACAAUAAUGGUGAACUUGAUAUUGCUGUGGCAAACUCUCAGGCAAAUAAUAUUGGUAUUUUUCUUGGAAACGGAGACGGAACCUUCAUAGAUCAAUAUAUUAUUGAUAGUGAGCUUAUUUCAGUUCCUGUAUUCAUCGCUAUUGGAGAAUUUAAUAAUGAUGAAAAAGUUGACAUGGUUAUCGCUAAUGCCAACAAAAAUAAUAUAUGUAUUCUUAAAGGAUAUGGAAAUGGAAACUUUACAAUUGUCCAAUGUUAUUCAACAGGACUAGGCUCUGAACCCUCAUCUGUUUCUGUUGGAGAUUUCAAUAAAAAUAAUCAAACAGAUCUUGUCGUUACUAACAAAGGCAUCAAUACCGUACUAGUAUUCUAUGGCAUAGGUAAUGGAACAUUUGCAAAGUCAAACUCGUAUUCUCUUGGUUAUAAUUCUCGUCCUGUAUCGGCUGCUAUUGGAGAUUUCGACAAUGAUGGUUGGUUGGAUAUUGUUGUUACAAAUGAUGACUGGGGUUAUGUAGACGUUCUCUUGCAGACUUGUUAA